AUGCGCCUAAUCGGAAGAGUGAUAACCCCAUUUUCCGUGAAAACACCUGAACUGAUCGACCUUGAUGAGCGCAAUCGUCUUCCUGCCGUCCCUGAAGCCCAGCUACUUGAGGCCACUCAAAGGACUCCCAAGGAGGCUUGGCAGAAUGUUAAAGCACCAUUUGGGAAGGUUGUUAAACAGGCACCGGAUCAUGUUGGUUUGCGACCAACCAAGAUGAGGCCUCUCCGCCGUUUCUUGCAUUCGUGGAACAGAGGACGCUUAAUUGGUCGAGGUGUGAAUAUUUCCUUUUUCCUCUCUCUCCAUACAACCCUCUUAUAG